UACGACAAUACAAAAACUGCAAAUAGACGAACAAACAUUUAAUAGAGAUCUCGAGGAAAUCCAUAAGUCAAUAUUUAAUAUUAGCAAUACUUUUUCAUUUUACGAAGCUCAGGUUAAAGUUUUAGAUAUUUGUGAGUCACUAAUGGAAAGUUAUUCCUUUUUAGAAAAUUCACUUAAUGACCUCUUAAACGCCAUAGCUUUCGCGAGAUUAAAAAUGCUGCACAGUUCUAUUAUCACACCCAAAGACUUAAUAAAUGCAUUGCAAGAAAUUUCACAAACAUUAAGAAAAAAUAAUCUUCCUUUACCUACUUACUCAUCAUCUGUUACUCAGUAUAUCGACAUAAUAGGUCUUGAAGCCUAUCAAACUGACACACGAAUAGUUUUUAUCCUAAAGAUACCUCUGGUUGAACCAGAAACUUACACUUUAUAUCAUCUUUAUACUACCCCCAUUUUUGAUAAUCGAACAGAAUUUCACCACGUAAUACCAACACACCAAAAAUAUAUCGCGCAGAACGAUGAUUCGAUGCUCUACAUCUCGUUGUCAAAUAUGAAAAACUGCAAACCACUAGCCAUCCAUCAAAAAAUCUGUUCCGAUGUUCUGCCUUAUCCAAUAGAUAGCGAAGCCAUUUGUGAAGCGCAGCUGCUCAAAGGACCAAGUCACCUCCCAAAAACCUGUCAAGUUUCUCUACUUUUGGCACAAGGAUAUAACGUCAAAGAAAUUGAUCUAAAUCUCUGGCUAAUCACAGUUUCCAAUCCGUUACCAAUAACGAUAAAGUGUGAAGGAAAAGAAGUAAAGACGAUUAUAAUCCAAAUUAACUCGCUCCUAAAACUCCAACCUUACUGCAAUGGUUUCGUAGGUGUCACAAGAAUCCAAGCAAAACGGAUCAUAGAUAGAGAUCAAAAUGUCACCUACAAAAAUCACCAAGUCAUGGUUCCUUACAAAUGCUGUCAAAACAUUCCCGAGAAAAUAAAGAUUCCAGAUCUGAAACCGAUAAAGCUAAAUAACCUAGACAUAGAAGACCUUAACAUAGCGCAGCAUCAACUGGACCAGUAUUCAGAAGAAUUAGAGAAAAUUAUGAGAAAACCAUUUAUCGAGAAACAUCAAUCUUGGUUCAUAAUUUCUUUAAUGACUCUAAUUUCAGUCCUAAUUGGUCUUUAUGUCCUGAUAAAGUGUCGUCGACGCAGGAGACUGUUACCUAGCAUUUCCAUGGGUCCAACAGAUGACGAUUUCCCAUCACCGUCGAGGCCGCAUCCCAAAGUAUCUACCAGACUGAAGCUAAGUCGAAUCUUAGCAAGAAGAAGACCAUCGAUCCAUCCCGAAGAUGACGAAGAAGACAAUGAAGAGACUCCACUUUAAUAUUAAGAAUAUCAAUCUUAUUAUUUUAUUAAUUUUUUAUUUUGUAUUUACCUAGUGUUAGUUAGACUUUAUUUUAUAAUUUAAUUUUAAGAAAAACUUAAUACACGGUAUUAACUUUUUAGUAAAAGAGGGAGUUGUUAUAUGCGAUUAUAUUGACCUUAUGUAACAGGUCACGAUCCCACGGUGUCGCAAUAGCAACGACCGCCGGAACUUACUCAGCAUAUUUCGAAAUAUGGAAUUUACCGUGAGAUAUGCCAAUUAAGCAAUCAAUUUUAAAUAUAAAUAGAAUGUUUUCCAAUAAAAAGUACAGUAGUAUUAUAAUAAAUUUAAGCACGUUACUCUGUCCAUUUAAUUUUUGAAUAA